AUCAUCGGCUGAGGGGGAAACCGGGGGAAGGGAGUUAGUUCUAACAGUCUGCUGUAGGAAUUUAUGCUGGACAUUUCCAUCAGAUGGGACUAGGUGUAUGUGUCAUGUUUCCCACUUCUCCUUGUGGCUAUUGUUUGUAUUCUUAUCAUUAAUCACACAAGUGCAGAAACAUGGUUUGGAUGAGUCAACUUGGUCCCUGAAAACACUUCUGUGGAGGAUGAAGAGAGAAAUGGAAUUCCUCACACCGGUACUUUUUGUCCAUCUUUGAAUCACCUAAAUCCAACAACCCCGCCCUACGCUGACCACCAUGAAUGCCUCAGCCCUGCCACUCUCCAACAACACCCCACUCUGCUUCUCCAUCAACAGCCCUCCAUUCCCCCGAAUCAAAGGUGUGGCUGCCUACUCAGCAAUCUUUACCACUUUGGGUCUCACGUCCAAUCUCAUCGCCUUCAUUGUUCUCCUGAAGUCCUUCCGGCAGACACAGAGCCGAUCACGCUCUUCCUUCCUGAUCUUCCUGGGCGGGCUGGUGAUUACUGAUUUCAUGGGUCUUCUGGUCACAGGCAGCAUCGUGAUCUCCUACUAUGUCACAUACUUUAAUUGGCGCCAGUUAGAUCCGAACUGCCACUUCUGCAACUUCAUGGGCAUGUCUAUGGUCUUCUAUGGGCUGUGCCCACUGCUCCUUGGUGCCGCCAUGGCCUUGGAGCGCUGUGUUGGCAUCAACUGUCCAUUUGCACGCUCCACCAGCAUGCCUAGGAGCCGGACAGUCAAUAUGGUGCUGAUGGUGUGGUUGACUGCCGGCAUCAUAGCUUUACUGCCCCUAACAGGCCUUGGGAGCUACCACAUGCAGAUACCUGGCUCCUGGUGUUUUUUCAACAUCAGCUCGAAGGGAACUGACCUGUAUUUCUCCCUCAUCUUCUCCUUGGCCGGGUUGAUCAGUGUCGCCAUGUCAUUUGUACUGAACACAGUGAGCGUAGUGACACUGAUCAAGGUGUGCUGUGGACAGGAUAGGACCCAGCGCCGCCGAGAUCACGAGAUUGAGAUGAUGGUUCAGCUCAUCCUCAUCAUGAUCAUUGGUUCUAUCUGCUGGUGCCCCCUCCUGAUCUUUAUUGCAGAAACUGUGCUGUCCGGAAGUCCUCUCCAAAUCAAAAAGCUGCUUCUAUGUAUACGCUUCGCCACCUGGAACCAGAUCCUGGAUCCGUGGGUAUACAUCCUGUUUCGCAGAGCAGUUCUCAAGAGAAUCUACCCACGCAUCGACUGGUCUCGGGGCUCCAUCAUAUCCUCCACCAUCCGUAAAUUGACACGGACUUCACUUCGGACCACUGUACAUUCAGAUGAAACAGAUGAGCCUGGGAAAUCAAAUGUUAUGGCCACAUCUACAUAGAAUUGACCACCUCAUUCUCCAUGAUUGGCUGGACUUGACUGAAUUAUUGUUGCCGCAGACUGAGCGACAUCAUUGGGCUUAAAGUAUAUGUUUUCAA